ACUGACUGAACAUUUAUCAAAUGGAAUUGUACAUAAGUUGAAAAAAAAAAAGAAUGGUAGAGCCACAUUUCUCCUGCACGACUGCCUGGCCCAUGCCCUCUCUGCUAUAAUCUGCACCCUGUCUUCCAUUUCCUCAUCAAAAAAACACAACAAAACAGAACAGAAGCAGACCAGGUAGCAGACAAAGCCAAGAGUUUCUCACACUCCUCCCAUCGCUUCUCUUCUCUUCUCUUCUCUCCUCUCCUGUCUGCUCAGUUUGGUGGGUUCUGCUCACCAGUCUCCCCCCGCAGUACAAAACCUCCAUUCCUCGCCGCCUCCUCUUCCACUCGGAAACGGGUAGUAGAAAAGAACACACCGCGGUCACACACACUCUCUUCAGCAACAAACGAUGAGGACCAUCAUGGCGAGGAGCCCUCACGAGUCAUCCUUCUCCUUCUCCAGGAGGCACUUCAAGUGGCCAGUUCUUGGCAAGAGCAGCAGCCAUGGCGCCAGCAAUGCAGGGGAGGACGACUUCAUCAAGGCAGAGGACGACGAGGAGGCCACCAUGGCCUUCUCCUCCACCUGCCCGUCGUUCCACUCCGAGGACUUCGUGUCCCCUCCGCCCUGCAAGCCGCUCAAGCAGCAGCAGCAGCAGCAGCCGCAGCAGCAGCGCAGGAAGGGACGCACGGCCGUGUCCCGCCUGCGCACGGCGCUGGCCGCGGCCCUCGCCGGCCGGCACCGCCAGGUCGGGCUCGGCGCCCGGCUCACCGGCACGCUCUACGGGCACCGCCGCGGCCACGUCCACCUCGCGUUCCAGGUGGACCCGCGCGCGUGCCCCGCGCUGCUCCUGGAGCUGGCCGCGCCCACGGCGUCGCUGGUGCGCGAGAUGGCCUCGGGCCUCGUGCGCAUCGCGCUCGAGUGCGAGCGCGCCAAGGGCGGCGGCGCCUGCGCGUUCCCCACCGCCGCCGCGGCCCCCUCCUCCUCCUCCUCCUCCUCCUCCUCCUCCAGCGCCGGCGGCAGGAAGCUGGUGGAGGAGACGGUGUGGCGCGCGUACUGCAACGGCAGGAGCUGCGGGUACGCGGUGCGGCGCGAGUGCGGCGCCGCGGACUGGCGCGUGCUGCGCGCGCUGGAGCCCGUGUCCAUGGGCGCGGGUGUCAUACCGGCGGCGUGCGGCGGCGGGGAGGGCGACGUCAUGUACAUGCGCGCGCGGUUCGAGCGCGUCGUUGGCUCCCGCGACUCCGAGGCGUUCUACAUGAUGAACCCGGACUGCGGCGGCAGCGGCAGCAACAACAAUGGCGGCCCGGAGCUCAGCGUCUACCUCCUUAGAGUUUGAUCACUCGAGCGUCUCCCAUUCUCACGUUUUCUUGUAUCGUGUCAGUUCUUGCAUGCUUUGUUGUUUCCUGUUGUAGGCUAGUAGUACUUUAGUAGGUAGUGUGACGGUAUGAGUGGUUCUGGAAUAAUAUGCAUAUGGAAACUGGGAUUGAAAUGGAAUUAUUUUUUCUUUCUUUUAUGUUUUUUUGGGCACUUUGUUUGGUGCCUAGGAGUUAUUGGACUGAGGUGUUCGAUCAUGUGAGUUUAGUGUCACUGACGUAUGGGUCUAUAGCAAAGAGGAUUCACAUAUCA